AUGAGCGGAUCCUGGAAGGAGAGCGGUGCCCCGUCCAGCAGCUGCAGCAGCGGCUACUGGAGCUGGAGCGCCCCCAGCGACCAGUCCAACCCGUCCACACCGUCGCCGCCACUGUCCGCCGACUGCGCCAAGCCCUUCCGCAGCCCCGCGCCCGACGACGGCAUCGACGAGGCCGAGGCCGGCAACCUGCUCUUCGACGAGCCCAUCCCCAGGAAGAGAAAGAACUCCAUGAAGGUGAUGUUCAAGUGCCUCUGGAAGAACUGCGGGAAGGUGCUGAGCACCGCGGCCGGGAUCCAGAAGCACAUCCGCGGCGUCCACCUCGGGCGUGCUGGGGACUCUGAUUACAGCGAUGGUGAGGAGGACUUCUACUACACGGAGAUCAAGCUCAACACGGACGCGGUGGCAGACGGACUGGGCAGCCUGGCCCCGGCUUCGCCCUCCCAGUCCCUGGCUUCACCUCCCACCUUCCCCAUCCCGGAUUCAAGCAGAACAGAAAGCCCUGGUGCCAAAACCGAGACUAAACUGAUGACGCCCUUGAGCCGCUCGGCCCCUACCACCCUCUACCUCGUGCACACCGACCACGCUUACCAGGUGCCGUGCACGACCCCGAGUGACACUUUGCCCCUGACCAAAAGCAGCUGCAUUCUGCCCUAGGAACAGAAAAACAGCA